GUACAGCAGUCACUUCCUUUUUCACCGCACAUAGAGAAUGAAAACCCUUCCAGUGUGCUUUCUUUUUUUUUCAGUCUCUCAAAAUAAGACAGAGAGAAAACAACCGCAGGAUCGAACAGUUCUUUCAGCUGCAGCACAAAACACCAACUUUAGCUUCGGUUGCAAGCACGCUUUGAGACUAUAGGGAAACGGGUACCAACUAAAAGAUGGCACACGACAAAGCCUUGUUUUGUUUGACUUUGGUGUUGUCCGUGGUCUUGACCUCACCUCCGAAAACCCUCGACUCAAUACAACAACUCCAGGACAGCGGGUUUGGUCAACCGCCUCCUCGCCAUGGCCUUAAGCUGCUGGUGUGGUACGUUCAGAACUGCUUGGACAACAACAUGAGGGCUCUGUGUGAUCCCUACCGGGGAGAAUAUGGGUUUCACUUCUUUCAGAACAAAGGGCCAGUUCUUCCUGUGAUAAAAGACAGACAGCAGUGGAGCUAUUAUACCAUUGGAAACCUCCACUAUCCUGGCGCAGAGAAGCUGCCGUAUGAAGUGAGACGAUACUACAACCGCAGCAAUCCUAAAAGUAACAUGGACAGAGUUUUGGUGAAAUAUAACAAGAACAACAAACGAAUCGACAAGCUUUAUGCAUCCGCGCAUUAUGAGCCAAAAGAGACGUACAGGAUUGGGCCCAAUCUUCUUGCAUCUCUUCGAAAGAAAAUCGCCUUCGUUAGCACAGAAGUGUAGGAGACCGCUGAUCCUAAAUCAGUACAGUAUGUCACAGCUUUUUGUGAAUCUAAAAAAUACAGGUGAAGUCACAAUCUUUGCUUUUAUGCUAAUUUCUUUGAAAUAAAGUAGCCACAAGUUUUCAUUUUGAGGCUUCAGUGUAAACUAUGAGCUUUUGUGUAACCUGCAUCAUAUGCCAUCAUAUAAAAGAAAAUGUAAUCAAUAAAAUGUGUUAAAAUGUG